AUGAAGGAUGUUCUUGCUAGAGAACUCGAAAAGAAUGUGUCUCCAGCAGAACACAUCCCAACACCAUCUAUCUGCAUCAUCGAUGGGAUGAGACUUAUUCAAAAAAUGAAUGGCGACAAUAGAACCUUUGCACAGGUGGCAAAGUCAGCAAUGAUGUCAGUCCUGCAAGAAGGUGCACAAAGUGAGAGGCUAGAUUUUGUUUUCGAUGUCUACCGUCAAACUUCCAUCAAAAAUGCUGAACAAGUAAACAAGGGUGCAGACUCCACUCUCCAGCACAGGGACCUUGUCAUGCCUAUAGAGACACUCAAUGAAUUGAGGCAGCUUCGAAAUUCAAAAUGCUUUGGUUGCCAAAAGCCAAGGCAUGGACUUCAACUUCUGUACUGGCUAGCUAAAGAUUUCAUCCGCUUCGAGUCCAAUCAAAUGUUUGCUACAUAUAACCCAGAAGAUGGCUAUUUUGGUUUCCACAAGUUUUACAACUGGGAGGAUAAUGGAAAUUCACUCCUCCCUAAGAAGAUUACUUGCCAUUAUUAUGAGGUUGGCAACCUAAAUGAGGAAGCUGCUGAGGACCUUCCUGGCUACGUCACAGAACAAUACACCGGCCUCCUGGACAACAGCAAUACUGACCGCAUUAUUUUAGACAUGGAUGUUGAUAACCGUAUUUCUAAAGUAUAUAUAACUCGGCAUUCUGACAACAGAAAUUUCUCACCUGGUGACACCUAUCGCAUAAGCCAAGGUCUCAUAAAAUGUAUAAGGGGACUGAAUUUGAACAAAUUUCUGGAAGAGAUGGAUAAACAGGAGUUUACAACUGUACAUAUUAGGCCUACACAACAGCAUCAGUCUGCAGUGUUAGUGCUCCGUUCAAAAGAAACCCUUGAUAAAUUGAGCCAGCUUCGGGAUUCCUCCAUUGGUCGCCCAGAGCCAAGGCAUGGACUUCGACUUCUACCCCGGCUGGCUAAGGACUUUAUCAGGUUCCAGUCAAAUGAAAUGUUUGCUAAAUCUAACCCAGAAAAUAGUUGUUUUGAUUUGCACCAGAUUUGCGUGGACAAUGAUGAUGACGAUGAUGAUGAUGAUGAUGAUGAUAACAAACCACUCAUCAACAAUCAUCAGAACAUGACUUAUUAUGAGGUUGGCAACUGUGAGGAAGCAGACAACAGCAAAAGGUCUACUGACCGCAGGCAAGAAGACUGUCCCAAUGGCAAGUGUGUAUCUAUGUGUAUCAUAGUGUUUAUUGUUGUUGCUGUUUCGCUGUGGGUUUCGCUGAGAAACAAAUGGCACUGA